CAUAUUUGGCCAUAAGUAGAGUAGAUGAUCAUUGAAUUGCACCAUUUGGAAGUUAUAAAUAUCAAUAAGCCUUUGAUAAAAGGAAAAUGAUUAACACAGCAACUUUAUUCUGUCUGGGUGUCUUGAUCUUGAGUGGUGCAUUUGGUGAUGAUACAGAUGAAUUAAAAUCAGUAUCAGUGAUUGAGGGAGAUUCUGUCACUCUACACAGUGAUGUUAAAAUACAGAGAGAUGAUCUGAUACUUUGGAUGUUUGGACCUCAAGACACUCGUAUAGCUGAAAUCUAUAAGCAGGUCUUUAAUAUGUUUAACAGUAAUGUGAAAUUUGGAUACAGACUUCAGAUGGACAAUCAAACUGGAUCUCUGAACAUCAGAAACAUCAGAACUGAACACUCUGGAUUUUAUAAACUAACCAUCGCCAACAGCAGAGAAACUUCAUACAGGAAAUUCAGUGUUACUGUCUAUGCUCGUUUGCCCACUCCUGUCAUUACCAGAGACUCUUCACAAUGUUCUUCAUCAUCUGAAAGAUCAACAAACCAGAAUUGUUCAUUGUUGUGUUCAGUGGUGAAUGUGAGUGAUGUGACUCUCUCCUGGUACAAAGGAAACAGUUUAUUGUCCAGCAAAAGUGUGUCUGAUCUCAGCAUCAGUCUCUCUCUGCCUCUGGAGGUGGAAUAUCAGGAUAACAACACCUACAGCUGUGUGAUCAACAAUCCCAUCAGCAACCAGACCAAACAUCUGAACAUCACAGAACUUUGUCAGACAUGUUCGGAAUCUUUUAAUGUAGACCUUGCUGCAUUUAUAUCUGCUGUAGUUCUGGUAAUACUCGCAAGCGUGAUGUACUUUCUCUACAGGAAACACAAAAGAGCAGCACAGAAAAGUGUGUUUGGUGUCGAUACAGAUGUAAUGACGUCAGUAUCGGUGUUGGAAGGAGAUUCUGUCACUCUAAACAAUGAUAUUACAAUUGGAGGUCGCAUAAUGUGGACGUUUGGAUCAAAACGCAUCUGCAUUGCUUACGUUUUCCCUAAUGCUAUUUAUGUUAAUUCUGAGAGAUUUGGCAGACUAAAGCUGGUCCCUGGAACUGGAUCUCUGGCCAUCAGGAACACGACAACCGCAGACUCUGGACUUUAUUAUCUAAAUGUCGCCAAUCCCAGUGAAGAAGAGACAAAAACAUUUAAUGUCAAUGUUUAUAGUGAGUAUCUGGAUGUGAAAAGCCUAAUGUGA